AUGUCUUUGACACUCCUGAAUCGACAUGCUUUGUCUUCGAUUAGAACCCAGCUGAUUGCUAAUACUCGGUACGCCCAGCCAUUGAAUAUUCCACAAAGGAAUAAAUCGAAAAAGGCCAAGAAAAUAUCCCCAACCCCGCUGAAAAUCAAUAGCUUGGGCUUAGUGCAGGAUCGAAUGGAUCUACAAUUACGAUUGUUCGCAGAGGUCAGUCGACCUAAGGUACUGGAAUGUUGGGUAGAUGCGUCCACCAAGAACGGCCUCGUGGCAGUAGUCAUUGGCAACACAUACAAGACUUCCGUCUCAGGGAAGGGUGGCAAGCGCCUGGACGCAACAAUUUUUGGACCGAGAUGA